UUCCUUUUUGAUUAUGUGGUGGCGUUGAUUAUAAAUUGUGAUACGGAGUACGAUUAUUCCUGAGCCAUGUGGUUGACUGGAACUGUUCUCUUGCCGUUUUGUUGAUUCAGUCAGGAUUCAUUAAAUAGCUGAUAAUAUGUAGAACGAAUGCAGAUUAUAGGCCCGGUUUUCUAACUCACAACCUUGUCUGUGGGUGAAAAUUCUGAAAUAUUCGAAAAUUUUAAGACCAAGAGGGUCCUGACGCCACACAGGAACAUCCUCGUAUAAUCGCUGAAAUCGAGUCCCUGCUAACAAAACCACACUGUUUGCAUAACGCAAUCGGCGGUUCGGUUUGAGAAACCCUGCAACCGCUUUUGCUGCGCAAUGUAAGCGUCACAAUUGAAUUUGUCCAACAGUCCGUAAACAUUUGAUGUACGUAACCUAGUCAUCCCUCUUUUCUAUUUUUAUUUUUGCAAUUUAAUUAUUCAUUCACUUUUUCGAAAAGCUCGUUCCUGAAGCUGCCAUCUGGUUACGAUUUAUUCAACAAUCGUCCGGAUGAAAAUGUUCUCUUCCGUUCCAAAAGAUAGCUGACGCCGACAGUUAUAGAAUACGUCUUACACGAACGCCAAACCAGUCAGGUUUAAAAACACUGGAAAACAAUUUUAGAACUUUCUAUAAUCAACGUAGAAAAUACGUAAUCGAAUGAUACUUGAUCCCAUAUCAUUCUGGCAGUUUUAUUGCGCGUUGCUUGAUAAUUAGGUCACGAUGGAGGUUUAAAUAUUUUAGUAGGAGUAAUAAUAACCUCCCGUUCGAUUCCCCAUCUUGUCCUUCAGCUACUCUGACGAUUGGCCAAUGUAUCAGGCGUUCAAUUAUUAUGGAACUUUGCCAUUCCGUGGUUACAAAUAGCGUGAAAAAGUCCCUGUUGUCCAUCUGCCGGAGGAUCCCGGCAGACCAGCCCACACAAUACAGCUUCUCAACUGUCCGUUACGUGUUCACGGAAGCACCGGGCUAACCAGAGAGCCUUUACUCUUGAGAUAAGCGUCCGUCUAUAGCAGCCCCCCAAAAUAACACAUCUCCGUAGCGACUUGCGGACGUUAAACACAACUAAUGGAAUAAUAUUGCAGUCCCCAUACAUAUAUUAGCCUCACUAAAGCUUGAAACCUUGCGAAGGCUGUUACGGUUUUAUAAUUCUUUGCAGCAAUAAAGAUCCCCAAUGUUCUCGAUAUCCGGAUCAGCAGGGAACGCGGAAUAAAUUCCGGGCUGGACUUGGAAGCAAAAUUUAGCGAUAUAUAAGCCAAAGCUCGACAGUGAAAGAUUAGCAUUGAGACGGAUGCCUUGUGUAUGGAAAUAGUUUCAGUAAAGAGUUGGAAGUCACAGCUGGUCAUGAUAAACAGUCUGAUCGGCAUGCAAAUACUUUUGCCAAAGCUUUAAUCUAAUCGGAGGCAGAAGUUCAGCAACCACGCAUCUGAACGUCACGAAUUUAUCUUUAAGGUUUACAUAAAAAAACAGACUUGGUCACAUAAAAUUGAAUAAAAUAUUCUUAAUAAUCUAAAUUAGUUGUUAAUCAAAGCAAUUUUCAAAUCAUUCCGUUAGCAAUCACAAAACCCGUUCAGUUCACUUUACACUCCCCCUUGAUUGUAUUUAUUAAUUUGCUACUGAUCUACUAAAGGAACAUUCGGUGGGGGACAUCACGCCUGGUGCGUGACGUUAACCGAAAAUUAAAAUUACGACGACGAUAAAUAACAAUUGAUUACGAAACGAAUACGUUGCGCUGUUAAUAAACUCACGGGCGUAAUCUCCGCCGCUUAAGUUGACUUUCCAUUCCCAUUUAUAUCCCAUAUGAAAUCUGAAGUCUUAGAUUUGUUUGUGGUUCGUCUACGCGAUGUAAAUAGUCAAUAGUAAUAACACAUCGCUUGAAGUAGCGACGAACAAACAAAUUGAAAGUCAAGCAUACCGACUAAAAGUUGGUAGUACGUUCUCUAUUGAACUGUUUUGAUGAUGCUCAAACGGCGAGCAUGAAAAGCUUCCCAACUUGCUAUUCCCACGAUUCUGUAGGCAACAAAAAGUCAGUCCCGCAUUUUGGCCGUUGUGAAAAAAGAAAAAAAAACACACCAGCUUUCAAUAUUGAAAGCAAAGCUGAAAAAAGGGAGAAGAAAAAAAGUGUCUAUCACGUCGAUAGCCAUCGGACGCGGUCGAUCUGUCGAUCAAAAGAUAGACAAUAUCUGGUUGUGUUCUCCCUUAUUCUCGCGGUCGUGUGCGGUUAUCUCUCUACAUGUUUGUUUCUCCCCCUUCCUUUAUAUCAUUAUUAUUCGACAAAGUUUUAGGUAACAGAUAUAGAAUUUCUGGCGAUGGGUUAACAUGGGGUUGCGCCCUCUCUCACUCUUCCUAUAAGAGGGGUUGGUAAAAUAAAAAGACAAGAGGAUGGUGGGGGUCACGUGACCCUCUCUACUGUUGAGUCGCUGGCGUGGGUGGGAAGAACAAAACGUCAAAGACAAAAACUUCAAACAAUAGCACCAGGGCUAGAUCGGCAGCACGCGCCUAUUUUUUCCCGUUGGUUCCAGCGCAGCGGGAGGGCCCCUCACUUGUGUUUCGCAUGUACUAUACCCUUUCUUUUUUCUAUGGACGGACAGUUGUAUAUAUUUUUGUACUCCCACCUUGAUCCUAUUACGUUCUUUUAUCUUUUGAACAAAACAAAAAAACAGGAAAAAAGAAAAGAAGUGACCACAACGAAUUGCACCAGAGUCAAAUGUGUAUAGUUUUAUCAGCAACAACCCGCUGUUGAUGAAUGUAUGAAUAGCUGCAGCCUCCCAUUUAUUUUGGUUCCGCUGAUUAAAGUCGUUCGCAUCUGUUGAGCGGAUGAUUGGUUUAAUGAUGAUGAUCAAUUGGAGUCGCAGCCGGACCGAUAUAGUCUGAUCAUUUACUGUGUCGAUUCGCGAUAAUCAAAACAUCUCACGGGAUACGAGUUAGGACGCACACCAAAGUAUUUAGAACCCAACUAGUCGCCUCCAUAUAUGAGCCGGCGAGAAGAUUUGAUCGAAUUAAGACUGAUUGCGCUAAAUUUCAAUUGCGUUGCGAGUGAAUUGACAGCGAGGAGGAUUCAUCAUCUCUAGUCUUAAAGAGGAAGUCGUCAAUGAUUGGAUAUAAAGUGGCCCGUCGAUUUGUCUUGUUAACUCGCUCAAUUGGUUCCAAUUGAGCCUCGUUGUGGCGCUCCAUAAACGGGAUGAGCGCGCCGCUCGUACUCUGCGGGGUAGUCGCGUGACCCAUACAUACUCAGCUUCUCAUCUGCCCCCCCUCCAGCAUUCCCUGUUUUUAUAGUUUUUCUUUCUUAGUGCGUAUUGUGUGUGUGUGUGUGUUAUUUUUUUUUGUUUGACCCCUCCCUCAAAAAAUCGACAGCCAGCUGCUCCUAUAUAAACCGAAAUUCACUGAUGAAGCCAAGACCACUUGUUGCCAACGUCCCCGAUCGUGCGCUCGCGCUCUCCUCCUCCCUGUGCUUGAAAGGAUGGCGCUCAAUUCGACGCAAGUUGUAGCCAAAGCGCAAGCUGAAACCCGAGGAAACUUUCACUCGAUUCAAGUAAUGUUGGGCUUCCAGCACGGAGAUCUCAAUUUCCCGCACGAAUUUCAUCACGACGAUGUUCACGACUUGGCUUCCACAUCGGCACCUCCAACUUCGGCCGGAUGGCCUUCGUGCGCCCAGCAAACGAAUUUGAAUGCGACGUCGGUGUCGUCGACUACCAGCGGCAAAAAGAGUGAGAACAAAAACAGCAAGAAGAGCGCAAACGACUCGGCUAACAACAGCGCUACCAAGAAGAAGAAAACGAGGACCACUUUUACUCCCUACCAGCUGGAAGAACUGGAGAGGGCUUUCGAAAGAGCGCCCUAUCCGGAUGUCUUUGCUCGUGAAGAACUUGCUUUGCGCUUGCAGUUGAGCGAGUCCCGCGUUCAAGUUUGGUUCCAGAACCGGCGUGCCAAGUGGCGUAAGCGCGAACCGCCACGCAAAUUCCAACAGCAACAGCCACACCACGUCCACCAUCACGCCAACAACAGCAGCUCGGCAACCAACAAUUCAGUGGCGGUCAGCGCCACUUCUUCUUGCUCUUCUUCCUCUUCAACACUCCAUCACAACGGAAAUGGAAACGGAGGUUUUAGCUCGCUUCUCCCACCUUUCACUUCCUUCUCGUCUUACAAUGCGGCCAGUCACAGUCAAGACUGGCCAGCUUCGGCCGCCACUUACGACUAUUGCAAUACGGCCUGUAGCGGCAGCGGGAAUACGGGCGCCACGUCGUACGCCACCGGCUAUUACAACAAUAACAAUCCUGGAAGCGGAAGCAACUUUGUCAGCAGCUACACGGCCGACCCAUUCUUCAAUUCGAGUUUCAACAAAGGCCCAACGCCGACCGGAUUCCACGAGGAACCGGCACCGAAUUUCCGCGACUUUUUCCCGCCACAACCAAUCAAGACCAGUCCAACGGGCGAAUCCCCAGACGAAUUUAGUAAAUAAUAUUUCCAUCAAGAUUCAGAAUUACUUUUUUUUUGUUUUUGUUCUUCGUGCGGAAGUUUACAUUCUGUCCGCAGCCAGUGCCGUCAGUACUCGUAUACUCAUUUAUGUAUUUAAUUUGAUUCAUUUCAUUAAUGGCUACCGUUUAGUGCCUUUUCAUCUCUUAAUUUUCUGUCUGUCUGCCAAUAUGUCGUGUUUUGAUUUAUUUCUACCCAUUUGUCCCUUUUUACCUGAUUUCAAUUCAUACAAUCCGUAAAAAGAAAAAACAACGAGUGAUUAUUCGA